UAAAUGUAUUAUUUGCUUCUUUCGUAACAUACAAGUUGUACAUAUGUUAUUUUUUAAAAGUGUAAUUAAAAAAACUCAUUAGUGAAGGUAUGCGAUGGCGACUCGUAAAAGUGGCUCUGAAUUCAUCAAAUAUAUUACGGAUAUUAUAAAAAAUUCGAAAGGUUUUGAAAGACUUUUGGAAAAGGUAAAGAUAACCGGAGGCGGUGAGGGCAAAUGCACCGCUGAAUUUACUGUGGCUGCGGAACACUUAAAUCGUGCCGGGGGAUUGCAUGGCGGCUUUACGGCUACUCUCGUCGAUAUGGUUACUACUUACGCUUUAAUGUCAAAACCAUGUCAUCCAGGUGUUUCUGUUAAUAUAAACGUCAACUAUUUGAAGCCGGCCCGUGAAGGUGAUGAUGUUAUAAUAGACGCGAGCCUUCUAAGAGCUGGAAAAAAGUUGGCUUUUCUUGAAUGUGAAUUGCGACAUAAAAAGGAUAAUUCCUUAAUAGCCAAAGGUGGCCAUACGAAAUUUGUUGACUUUCAAUAAGUUAAUCGAUAAUAGGUAAUUUAAAUAAAUACAUCAAAUAAAAGUUUUUAAAUUCUCUUUGAGUUAAAUUUAA